AUGACCUCAACUUCCACUCUAUAUCAAGGUCUUCAAUCUUGUCUAGAGCCUACACUUGUUGAACCACGUGUCCUAAUGAACAAAUUGCCUCCUCCUAUAUCGAAUUUCCCACAAUCUACCACAUUGCUUCAAAUGUCUAAUAUAUCUCCACAAGAAGCAGAAAGUGAAGAAGAAAAUGGGCAUAGUGACAUGUCUGGUGGCUGGAGCUUCAUACAUGAACUGGAAAAUCCAUGUCAAUACCCGAAAAAAGGCGAUGCAGAGGACGAAGUAGUUUAUGUUCAUCCUAUGGUGAAGUCCUCUUCUCUCAACACAAAGAGUUUGGAAAUGUGCACUGAAAGCUUAGGAAGCGAAACGGGCAGUGACAUUAGUGAAAGUAUGGAAGAAUUGUCUCCUUUCUUGUCCGAAAAAGAGACGAAUUUUCAACGAUCAAAAAGUCGAGAAUUCACGAAAAAAUUCAAUAGGGCAAGUAGUUUUCCACCUCCUCUAACAUCAAUGAGUGGAAAUGAAGGUGUUCAAGUUAGGCCUCAUCGGGAAGGUGGUCGUUUAGUAUUAAAAGCUGUGACAAUCAAUUCUUGUAACUCUUAUUUCCAAGCUGAACGUGCAGAUGGUAGGCUUAGGCUUUCCAUAUUAAGACAUGAAGAAUGCAGCAUUGGAGAAGAACAUGAAAAUAGUGAUGAAAAUGAUGAAGAAAAUGAAGAAGAAGAUGAUGAAAUUUGUGGUAGAAAAUUAGGAAGUCAUGAUAUUGGGGUAGGAGAGUAUGCAAGAGCAAGUAGGUGCAAAGCAAGUGAGAGUAGGAAUAAAGGGAUUCCAAGCUGGGAGCCAUUUUGGGUGGCUAUUUCCUAA